AUGCAGGGCACGUCUAAGGUGAUUAUGGGAGCAACACUGAUAAUGGUGGUGAGCCUUGCCAUAAUAUUAUCCCUGGUGCUGGUGCUGCUAGCUGAGUUAUAUUGUUCUCUAUUACUCCAUCGACGGAAACUCGGAAUGACCAGUUCCACCACCACCAACACUGCUGGCACCACCACAACCACCACUGUUGCCACCACCUCCACACAUGGUUUCGUCUCUCAGCCCCAGCAGCCCUUGGACCAAUCAGCUCCUCCAUCUCUCUGUAGUUUCUAUGCACAAGGGGUUAUUCAAGCCCCAAGAAGCUUCCUCUUCCCCCAAGUUUCCAUCAAUGAUAAGUUAGACCUAGAGAAGCAACAUUCUCAACCCAGUUCCACCCCUCAUUUACCAAUUGCCAAAGUUCCACUUGAAGAUUGCAAUGCCAGUACUUCCAAAAAUGGAGGUUUAGCUGGUGUUUCUGAUCAUUUCAUGUACAUAUCCAAUCCAAUUUACAACAGCGAAUCUGGCAGCUCAAGCCGGGCUAACACCCCAUUCAAAACCCCCGACACCUCUCCUUCCCGGUUAGAAACUGGAGAUUCCUCCGGUGACGAUAUUAGAGACCUGUCACUCUCUUCUAGUCCUCCCUCACUGCCAGUUACUCCUCCAUUGACUCCGAUGAAGAAGCUCCCGGCCGAGGCGUGUUCCGUUUCUUUGAGAGACGCUCGGUGUCUUGGCACUUCAGGUAGUGAUUCCAACAGCAAUAAAAAAGGUGUUUCUUCCUCUUCAUCAGGGUCUCCUUGCACCUCACCUUCAUGGUGA